AUGAAGGAUUUGGGGGCCGAGCACUUCGCAGGUCGUGAAGGGGUCCAGCUCUUCGGAUUGCUGAACCUCUACCUGGAGCAGGAACCGCGAUUCCAACCUCGGGAAAAAGGGCUCAGCUUGAUCGAGGCUACCUCGGAGAAUGAUAACACUUUGUGUCCAAGAUUGAGAAAUGCCAAAGUAGAAGACUUACGGAGUUUAACCAACUUUUUUGGAUCUUGCACUGAAACUUUUGUCCUGGCUGUCAAUAUUUUGGACAGAUUCUUGGCUCUUAUGAAGGUGAAACCUAAACAUUUGUCUUGCAUUGGAGUCUGUUGUUUUUUGCUGGCUGCUAGAAUAGUUGAAGAAGAAUGCAAUAUUCCUUCCACUCACGAUGUAAUCAGGAUUAGUCAAUGCAAAUGUACUGCCUCUGACAUAAAGCGGAUGGAAAAAAUAAUUUCAGAAAAAUUGCACUAUGAAUUGGAAGCUACUACUGCCUUAAACUUUUUGCACUUAUACCAUACUAUUGUAUUUUGUCAGACUUCAGAAAGAAAAGAAAUACUGAAUCUUGAUAAACUAGAAGCUCAGCUGAAAGCUUGCAACUGCCGACUUACCUUUUCAAAAGCAAAACCAUCUGUAUUAGCUUUGUGCCUUCUCAAUUUGGAAGUAGAAACGUUGAAAUCCAUUGAAUUAUUGGAAAUUCUUCUGCUUGUUAAAAAACAUUCCAAGGUUAAUGACACUGAAUUCAUUUACUGGAGGGAGUUAGUUUCUAAAUGCCUCGCUGAAUAUUCUUCUCCUGAAUGUUGCAAACCAGAUCUUAAGAAAUUGGUUUGGAUUGUUUCAAGGCGCACAGCCCAGAAUCUCCACAACAGCUACUAUAGUGUCCCUGAGCUGCCAACAAUACCGGAGGGGGGUUGUUUUGAUGAAAGUGAAAGUGAGGACUCUUGUGAAGAUAUGAGUUGUGGAGAAGAGAGUCUCAGUAGCUCUCCUUCCAGUGAUCAAGAGUGCACUUUCUUUUUCAACUUCAAAGUGGCACAGACACUGUGCUUUCCAUCUUAG